GCGCGCUGCUGAACUGAGGGAAGAUGGCGGUGACGGGCUGGUUGGAGAGUCUGCGGGCGGCCGAGAAAACCGCGCUGCUGCAGGACGUGAGAAAGUGGCGUAUGAAAAGUACCCUGGGAGGCUUGGGGCCAUGGCAGCUUGAAGUGGGAGAGCCAGCACCCCCAGGAGGAGGGAGCCUGGGGCCUGAACUCAUCAAGGAAAGCAAUGCCAAUCCUAUCUUCAUGCGUAAGGACACCAAGAUGAGUUUCCAGUGGCGGAUUCGAAACCUCCCCUAUCCUAAGGAUGUCUAUAGUGUCUGCGUGGACCACGAGGAGCGCUGCAUCAUUGUCAGGACGACCAACAAAAAGUACUACAAGAAGUUCUCCAUUCCUGACCUAGACAGAUACCAGCUACCUCUGGAUGAUUCCUUGCUGAGCUUUGCUCAUGCCAACUGUACCCUGAUAAUCUCUUACCAGAAGCCAAAAGAGGUUGUGGUGGCCGAAUCAGAGCUACAGAAGGAGCUAAAGAAGGUAAAGACUGCCCACAGCAGUGAUGGAGACUGCAAGACCCAGUAGUUGGCCCCUGAGCCUUGCACCUCCACCAUGGAGAGUGCUGUGAGACUUCAAGACUUGGUCCUUUCUGGCACAAGGCAGCCUGCUCUCUCUAUAAGAACUAGACCGUGGAGCACUCCUAGUCCCUGUGUCCUGAUCUUCUUUCCUGAGUAAAGUCAUUGAGUUCCUGCACA